UCUGAGUUGAUGCUGAUUUUCAGCCGUGAGAGAAAGAAUGUUAUCCGCUAUUCGGCGUCGCAAGUUGUGGACGCCAACUUCACUUUCAGCACCGAGCGUCAGUGUGUCUCUGUAAGUCGGACACUUGCGAAGCAUUGAAAAAGAUCGCAUAAACCAUGAUCUGAAGUCUGCAUUGUGUCAGUGGAUGUGGACUUGAACUCACACACAUCAGUCAUGUCUCAGUCUGUGCCCUGUACGACUGUGUGGGACUGGUUAUGUGUGCUUCGUCUAGAACAGUAUUCUGAGGCAUUUCAGAGCGCCGGGCUGGCAACGUUACGAGAAUGUCGCAACCUCACACCAGAUCAGCUAGAGCGGAUGGGCAUCACCCUGCCGGGUCACCAGAGACGCAUCCUGGCCAGCCUGAACAAAACACAUGUUAAUCGUGAUGCGCACAACUCGACACAAUCUGAUGCACACUCCUACCUUGUACACACUGAGAGAACAGAUGGAGAUCAGAAAUUGAAGGAGACAGGACAGUCCAAAGUGUUGCAGAGAGACAGACCUGUGCCUAUCCCACAGGAAAAAAGUGCCCUGAAGGAAAGUGAGAAAAGAGAUGGAGAGACAUCGAGACCUACACCCAGAGAAAGAGAGAAACCAGUUCCCAAGGAGAGACAAGUGUCCAGGAUGAAGGAGGAAAGUGGAGAAGAAGGAGAGAAGAGGCCAGUUCCUCGACAAAAACAAGCAGCACCUAGACGAGGAAAAGAAGAAGAGAGGGAUAGAGGAGAAGAUGGAGAGAGGGAGAGGCCUGUGCCUAAAGAGAGGACUAAGUAUCGCACUAAUGCUCCAGUGGAUUCUCUCCCCCUUAUCUCUCUAACUUCUGACACCGCUUUACCCCCAGUCCCACCACGAAGCACCCCGAACUGCCCUCCGCAGCGCUUCACCUCACCUCUGAGUCCCUCACCUCCUGCUCAAACCUCUCCCUCACCCAAACAGGCCAGACAUGCAAUUAAAGCCCCACCUGUAAUGAGUAGAUCUGUGUCCCAGACUUCCACCCCCAGCAGCACCCCUACCCAAACCCCCACAAAAGCACCUCUCCAGCCUCCUUGCUUCCCCUCCUCCGAAACUCGGCCUCAGACAUUAGCCAUACAGCUACCUGUCCAGCAUUUGGGUAGUGAUGGAGGAAGAAAAACGUCACCCAUCUCCCCCACUGCCUCUCCCAGUGAAGACAGAAAUGCUCCACCUCUCCCUCCUAAAGUUGGUAUUGGAUCUAAAGGUGCUCCACCAAUCCCACAGAGGUUUCCUGCACAGUCUCCCAGCACUCACAGCCCCCCUUUCACCAAGGCAGCCGCCGAUGAGAUACAGAUAGACCAAACUCCACAGGUUCCACCACGGAUCAAGACACCUCAAACUCAACAAAAAGCACAACAGUCAACUCAACCCGACACUCAGCCGGCUCUGCCUGCUAGAAGGGUCCCACAGCCUCCUCCUGAGAGCAUCGAUCAUAAUUCUGAUGACUACGAGGAUCCAGACUUGUUUUGCUCCAGUGUUCAUCAAAUGAACACAUCUGACAGGGAUAUGUCCCUGCAAGUGCCCAAUCGAUCAAAGGGGCGGUACAGUUCUUUGUGCAGCGAUGAUGAACUGUUGGAUGAUGAAGAUAAUACACUAUGGCAGGAUGAUGGCAUCAACAGCCUGCAAGGCAGCUUCUACCUGCCAGACACUGGCAGACUGGCUUCAGCCACUAAAGAAGACAGCUCUCAGCUCACAGCUGUCAUCAAAAUGGGCUGGUUGGACAAGAAUCCACCACAAGGGGCCCUUUAUUAUCAGAGACGCUGGGUAAAGCUAGAUGCUGACUACCUGAGAUACUUUGACAAUGACAAGGAAGUGUAUUCUAAAGGGUUGAUCUCAACGGCAUUCAUCACUAAUGUGGUCAGUGUGGGAGAGCUGAAGUUUGAGGUCGUCACAGACAACCGUACGUUCAUCUUCAGGGCUGAAACUGAAGCUGAGAGAAAGGAAUGGGUGACUGCACUGCAGGACUGCACUGGGGGGCGCCAUAGGCGCAGUAUCAUGAGCCCUGGUUCACCUUUGACCCCAGAAUAUCAGGGCUAUUUGGAGCUUAGAGGGUUACGCUCCAAACUUUAUACUGUUGUCGCCUCAGAUAAGGUUUUUCUCUACAAAGGCAUUGAGGACUACCGUAUAGGAGUGGGUAUCACAUCCAUCGAGAUGAAUGUAGGAAACGUUAAAGACACCGAUCGUCGUAGCUUUGACCUCACCACACCUUACCGCAUAUUCAGUUUUAUAGCAGAGUCAGAGCAGUUGAAAGAGCAGUGGGUGGACGCCAUGCGGAAUGCCAUAGGUGAAGCCUUGUCCAACAGCGAGGUGGCAAAUCGGAUCUGGGCGGAACCUAGCAACAGUCUCUGUGCUGACUGUGGGGCUCCCAAGCCGGAGUGGGCAGCCAUCAACUUGUGCGUGGUGGUCUGCAAACGAUGCGCAGGAGAGCACAGAGGACUGGGUCCUAGCAUCUCUAAAGUUCGUAGUCUGAAGAUGGACAGGAAGGUCUGGACAGAAGAGCUUGUACAGGUGUUCCUGUUGCUAGGCAACGAGCGGGUAAACAGUUUCUGGGCAGCUAACGUCCCACCAAGUGAGGCUCUGACACCAUCUAGCUGCAGUGAAGAAAGACGGCGCUUCAUCACCAACAAAUACCGCCAGGGCAAAUACAGGAAGUACCACCCUCUGUACGGAAACCAGAAAGAGCUCAACAAUGCGUUGUGUAUAAAUGUACAGAGCAGCGACGUGUUGGAGACAUUAAGCCUGAUUUUCUGCGGUGCAGAUGUAAACUGUUCAACUGGUAUGGCCAGUUGCCCCUCCCCUCUCUCCCUGGCCAACACACACUCACAACCCUUACAGGCUGAGUUACUUAGCCACAAUCUCAACACAGAGCUGCCACGGUCAGAGGGGGUUGAGGACAUGGAGGCGGUACAUUACUCAGCAACGCCUUGUGUGUCUCACAAUGGCUUCCUGUUCAAGACUGCAUCCAUGGCUCGGGCUAUCACAGAGCGCAAGGCUAGAGAGGAGUUCAGUCGUCGCUGGUGCACGUUGAAUGAUGGCACAUUUAGCUACUACGAGAGUGACAGGAACUCAAACCCCAACGGAGCUCUAAAGGCUUCAGAGAUAGUCUGUUUGGCUGUUGACACGUCUGAAAAGCAUGGGUAUGACCAUACCUUUGAACUCUACUCAGAAUCAGAGCGUCUUUAUCUGUUUGGCACUGACGACCCAGAUAGCCACAAGGAAUGGGUCAAGUCCAUUGCCAAGAGCUUUAUCCCAGCCAGUGCAGAGCCUUUGCUCAGGUUGGGUUUUGAGCGGAUCGGGCGGCUGAAGUGUAAAGACGGCUUGAACCUGCAAACAUCCAAAGUCGGUUGGUUCGCUCUGGUGGGCUCCACGCUUCAUGCCUAUCUGGAGAACAGCCAGGGAGAGGAGAUACACCUCCGCAAACUGAAUGAACUCUCAAUCCAACAAGACAAUGAGGUGCUGGUACUGGUGGAGAGAGGCAGGACUCUGUACAUAGAGGGAGAAAGAAAGUUGGACUUUGCCGGCUGGAGUGCAGCCAUCCAGACAGCAGCAGGGAGUGGAGGAGACACGCUGAGCCAGCAGCAGCUCACAGAAACAGACAUACCGGUCAUAGUACACAGCUGCAUUGGCUACAUCACACAGUGCGGCUUGACGUCUGAGGGGAUCUAUCGUAAGAGCGGUGUGAACUCCCGCGUGGCAGCACUGUGCGACAGAUUCCGUCGUGAUGCUCGCAGCCUUCGUCUGAGGGAAGGAGAGCACCAGGUAGACGACGUCUCCAACACACUUAAACGCUUCUUCAGGGAGCUGGAAGAAGGACUGUUCACUUCUGAGAAUGGAACCACUUGGCUCAGUACUGCUGCCAUUCAGGAUGAAAAUGUGAAAAUCUCCCAGUACAAAGUGCUGCUAAACCGACUGCCUCGUGUCAACAAGGCUACACUACAAGCCCUCAUCAACCACCUCUACUGUGUGCAACGUUUUUCUGAGCUGAACCAGAUGAAUCUCCAUAACCUGGCCAUAGUGUUCGGUCCCACACUGUUCCAGACUGACGGGAAAGACUACACUGCCGGCCGCGCCAUAGAGGACCUCAUACAGCACUACACACUCAUCUUUGAGGUGGAUGAGCAGCAGCUGAAGAAGCAGCUAGAAGAGAUCACCGUUAUCAUCCAAGUGCGAGAGAAGCUCAACACAAAGUUUCCUAGUACUGAACCAGGGGGGCAUUUCAUCUGUACAGUGUACCUGGAGGAAAAGAUGGACACAGCAGAGCAACAUGUCAAGAUCCCCGGUUCCAUGACAGCAGCAGAGCUGACAUGUGAGGUUUUGGACCGGCGCAACAUCCCAGUCAAAGACAAAGAAUACUGGAGCUGCUGGGAGGUCAGCGACAAGGAGGAAAUGGAACGUCCGCUGCACUAUCAGGAGCGAGUCUUACCCAUCCUUCACUCCUUUGGCACUGACUCCCAUCUGCUCAUCAAGAAACACCCUGCUAUGGAGGCAGUGAUCGUCUACCUGGCCAAUAAAGUUGAUCCAUCCAAACACGGGAUGAUGAAAUUCCGAGAGGAACGAAGCAUCCUUGGAUUGGGAUUGACCACCGGCAGUUUCCAUGAUCGAUAUUUCAUCCUCAAUUCCACCUCUCUGAGAAUGUACAAGGAAGUCAGAAGUAACCGCCCAGAACGUGACUGGCCAGUGAAAAAUCUGAGAAUAUACAUGGGUAUCAAGAAGAAACUCCGUCCCCCCACAUGUUGGGGACUGACAGUGGUCUAUGAGAGUAAGAAACAAGAGAAGCCAGAGAGACAGCAGUGGUAUCUCUGCUGUGACACUCUUACAGAAAUGAGGGAGUGGUAUGCUACUUUUCUCAGUAUCCAGAACGACGGCAACGUGUGGCCUCAGGACGGACUCCAGCAGACGCGGAGUGCCCGCGUGUUGCCGGAUACGCGUCAUGGUAACGUGUCACUGAUACCGCUGCGUGGCAGUGAGAAUGAGAUGCGGAACAGCGUAGCAGCUUUCAGCCAAGACGCACUUGCUCUCUUUAGAGAUGUUCGGUAAUGGUUGCUGAAAGGAAGGACAGAUGGUCAGCCUCAUCAGACGCCCUCUCAACAUUCCAGUAACAUCAUCAUUGUGCGACUGUACGGACCAGAAUGACGGACUCUGAGACACUUUUGAAUAUGAACUGGACCAAAAACUAAACAAGAUCACUUGUAAAAUACGAGCUACACUGGUUUUCCCGCACAAUUGAAUUUUACUUGACUCGAUGUACAUAAAAAACGAAAAAGAGACAGUUUGAUGGACUACAAUCACCAUGAAGAUUUCCUCAAUCGCUUCCAGCUCAAUGUGCGCUCAACACUCCACUGUUACAUUGGUCAGUGGCAUUUACUGCAUUGCAUUAUGGGACAGAGGCAUGAAAUACAUGCUGCAGAGAAACCUUUAAUCCUAUAUUGUGUUUGUUUUCAGAAAGGACUUAGGUUAUUCUAAGGCACUAGCACUGAGUGCUUAGAAAGUCUUUUUUUUUAUAGAAAAUAGAAGUUUAUUGACAUGCAGUUGUUGCUGAUUCUGAUUUAUAUUUUUGUGAUGUUUUUAGCUCUCUCUCUGUACUAUUGCUCACAGACGAAUUGUCGGGAAAAUCCUGCAGUUCAAAAUGUAAUAAUUGCUAUUGUAAGCAAAGCUGAUGUCAUAGGAGGCAGUGUCCUGAUUUGGACGCAGAGAAAUGUCAGGUGAUGGAUCGGUGUCUGUUACACCGCAGGGCAUUUGCCAGUAAUGUGCAAAACCUUGCUCAGAGUUGCAUAUUUGUCAAUUUGUCUGCACAAAUGAGUCAGAGUGUGCAUACAGUAUGUGUGUGACUGUGUGUUUGGACAAGUUGUAUGUGUGUCUUUUGAAAAGUGGAUGAAGGAGGGGCAUGUGCUGAAAAACAUUUCUUUUCUUAAAAUAAAAAGAAGAAAGUCGCAGGUCAGGACAAAAUGGUUUUUGUCAUAAUAUGUGAUAAAAUAAGAGAAGUACUUAAUUUAUCAUUAUCUUUCAUUCUGAGUGCACCUUAAGUAGGUCACAUUGCAAACCGCAUUUACGUAUUCAAAACAAUGUCUUCGCCUUAUCAGUAGUCUCGUCUGUCCCACUGCUCUUUGUUUAAGCUCUGUCUCUUCAUCCUGUUCUCCCACAAUCCUCAGCACUGCCUCGUCUCUGUAGGCCCUUUACUAAAGUGAAGCACAGGUGAUAGUCUGAGGUGGUUUACAGUGCAUGGGCAGAGAUUUACCAACAGUAUUUAGGGAGUUUUGGAUUUUGAAUGACUUGCAUUGGAAUAACCUUAUUUGUCAAAGACAGGGGAACAGUAUCUGGUGAGCACUGAAACAACAUCAACUUUUAGUGUGUUAUCAUCUUUCAUAAUUGUUUCUAGUUUAAACCCAAAAAUGUAUAUUUUGUCUAAAGGAAAGUCAUAAAACAAUCUAUGUUAACUGUAUUAAACUGUCGAAAACCA